UUAAAUUGAUAGCGAGGAUAGAGAAUUGUGUUUCAUGAUUUAUCUGAAAGAAAAUUACACUUUUUUUAAUUCGAUUGUGAAUGUGAAUUACUUUAUUUAUUUUCGAUUAUUUAUGACUUAUAAAUUUCAAUAUACUGGAAGAAUUUAAAUUUAUCGAUUUCCACUUCGUUUUCUUAAAAUGAGUCGGGAUAAACGAGAAACUGAAUACCCAGUACAAUUAGAAACUCAAUUUAUAAUUAGGUUGCCUGAAGAACCUGCAAAAGUGUUAAGAGAAUUAAUAACGUCUGGCGAAAAUUUCAAAAAUAGAGUAAAAAUACAAAUACAUGAUGAUUUGCGACACGGUGAACUUAGAGUUGAUCAUUGGUUGUUACAUACUAAAAUUGUAGAUUUACCAACCAUUGUAGAGUCAUGGAAAACAAUAGACAGAAAAAGUCUAUAUAAAACAGCUGAUAUUUGUCAGAUGAUGAUAUGUAAGGAAGAAUUAGAUGACACAACAGAAGAUGAGGCACCUACCAAAAAUAAAAAAAAGGAUCCAUUAAAAGUUGAUAAAAAAUAUCUGUGGCCACAUGGAAUCACUCCACCUACCAAGAAUGUAAGAAGACGACGUUUCAGAAAAACUUUAAGAAAAAAGUGUGCCGAGUCACCUGAAAUAGAGAAAGAAGUAAAGAGGCUAUUAAGAGCAGACAAUGAGGCUGUCAGUUUUACAUGGGAAGUAGUUAAGGAGGAAGAUGAGCAUGUUCCUAAAAAAGAAUCAUCUGCAAAUUCUCAGAAAGCAAAAGUAAAGAAAGAGUCUCAUAAAAAUGCAACUGUUGUUACAAAUCAACCUUCAAAAGUGGAAGACAUAUUUGGAGGAGCUUUAAGUGACAGCGAUGCAGAUGAUGAAAAUGUAAAUGUUGAUUUAGAAGACAGUAGAACAUCUGCAUAUGAUGACUCAUUAUCUGAUGUAAAUUCUGUCCUUGGAUUGCAAGCAAUGAGAAAUUGUCAUAUAACUCCAGAGACCAAGCCAGAUUUAAUUGAAACUAAAAAGAAAAAGUUCAAUCCACACAAAAGUAGUACUUCUAUGAUUAAUGAAUCUACUGUUUGUUAUGAACUAGAUAAUAUUCAGCAACAAUCAACUAGUUACAACAGCUCAAGUACACAAUUGCAAGAACUUGUAACAGAACUAGAAGAAUUAAAGCAAAGGAGACAAAGAACUCAACUUGAAAUAUCGAGGAUGGAAAAUAUGACAUUAAGACAAAGAUUUCAGGACAUAUUAAAAACAUUAAAUAAGGAAAUAGUUAUGAAAGAGAUGGAGUAUCAUAAGUUAAAGUCUAGUUCUAAAUAAACAAUACUCUUAUUACCAGUUAAAUAAUAUCAUUUAUAUAAUCUCAAUUAUUCCUAGUUAUCUUGAUAUUAGUUACUUUGCUUAAAAUAUACUAUUUAAAGGUCAGUAUUAAAUUAUAUA